AUGCGGUUGCCACCUUCGCCUCGGGGAAAUGUUUCGCUGCCGUGGUGUGUGGCCGCACUACCGCUUCUCCUGACGGUCACGGUGCUUCAGUUGUCAUCCUUGGUUGGCUUCUUUCCUGCCACGCCUGUGUCGGAACAGUUGCGAGCGCCCAAGCCUCCUACCCAAUGGCGCACCGCGGCCCUUCCCUGCUCACAAACAAGAAAUUCCGUAGCCGUGUCCGCCGACGGUACCGCGUCGGCCGUACAUUACACAGAAGCACGACGAGUACAAGCCAACAGCAGCACGAAAAAGCGCGAAUACAGCAGCAAUCCCAACAAAAACCACCACCAUAACAAGACGCAGCGACAACGAGAAUCAUCCCGCACCCAACGUCAGCCUAAAAAGGUUGCCAAGCCGUUCCCACCAACUGCACCAAAGCCAUCACCCGUUCCCCUCGUUUUGUUGCGCGCCAUUGGUAACGCGCUGCCGCCGAGACACAGCGCCAAUCAGACUCUGGACAAUCUGGACUUUAUUUUGGCGCACGAAAAGAGAUUUCCCCACACAACACGUCACUGGUUUCUGAAUCGCAUUGUUGAUCCCAAAGUGGAACAGCAACUUAUCCAGCGCCUCGUUCACGCCAACGAAACCUAUACUGUCGUUCCUUUUGAUGACCACGUCUACCGACAGAUCUACGCGCUCUCGAGAAGGCGUAUGGGCCACAACAAGACCAAUGCCAGAAGUCUCUCAUACUCAAAGAAAAAAGUUGCGGACGAUCAGUCCAUGCACGACAAGAUCCUCUACGUCAUCAACGUGAACGGCGUACGCAACGCUAUGAUUGAGUACGGUCGCCAGCAUACCCGUGCCGAGUACAUUCUCCCUUGGGACGGCAACUGCUUCGUGACUCGCAAAGCUUGGUCCGCCAUCCAGCGAACCAUUCGCAUCCAUCCCAACUCCAAGUACUUCGUUACACCUAUGUAUCGGUUGAAGGAACCCAACCAUGUUCUACUCACAAACUCGCAUCGCCCCAACGCCACGGAAGAGCCGCAAAUAAUAUUCCACCGGAGUGCACAAGCAAGAUUCAACGAACAGUUACGCUAUGGCCGGUACAACAAGGUUGAGCUCCUAUCUCGUAUUGGGGUCCGCGGACGGUGGGAUACGUGGAGGUGGUUACCGUCGGAAAAGGCUUUGUUGGAUCCAAAUCCGGCUCCCGACGCCGCCGAGGGGGUACCCGUGGCUGGCUGGACCACGCGCUUAUAUUCCGGAAUCCGGGCCGCCGAAGGUACCGGCACGCUGUUACAUCGCGGCAAUCUACGCCAGCAAGCCCUGGCAGCACUGCUGGACCGCCUUGAUGCGCGAGUAGUACAACACCGACGCAAAGCCGUGGGCCACGCUUCCAUUGGGGCGGUACAGUGA